GGCUCUAUAGCCGUCCAUCCCGCGGUGUAUCUGAUAGACUUCUUCCCCAUGACUGCUUACAAUGACAGGCAGAAAUGAGCUCCACUUAAAGGCACAGAGCACCGGUGAAGGUGAGCUCGGGCAGUGCCAGGCAGUGUGAAGACUAUGGGGCGGUAGUGCCCGGCGGGCAAGUAACAUUGGGCAUUGUAGUAGUGGGCUGGGAGUAAGUUGUCAUAGAGUAAUAAGAGGGGGUGGGCUCAGCCCUGAGGAGGCUGCUAUAGAGAGAAGGCAGUCGGGACAGCGGGAACAUACAGAGGAGAGCCUGGCAUGUAGAGAACCCGUGCUGGGCACCGCUCACUAUGUGCUGGAGCAUAUAGGAAACUUUUCCCUGGCAUGGAAGCUGAACUUUCCUCACAGCUCCGUCCUCAGCCUGGCCGUCCCCGCUGAAGUUUGCCCGCUCCGUCCCUGCCUCUAGCGCUCGGCAUCCCGUGCCCGGAGCCCUGUGAUGAGCUGAGUCCUCCGACCCCUCAGGGAGCAUGGCAGUGGGGGCACAGCCCCAGACGGACAAUGGCCGGGUGCCCUCACUCACACUGGCCCCUAUGGCCGGACAAGAAAUGGAGUUCGUGGCGCUCACGGCCGUCCAGACAGAAAGCGGGAGCCCCCGGCGCCUGGGACUGCUGGGCACCCCGCUCCCGGGACCCCCGCGGAGUUCAGCGUCUCACAAGCGGUACCGCCGCCUGCAGAACUAUCUGUACAACGUGCUAGAGCGACCCCGGGGAUGGGCCUUCAUCUACCACGCCUUCAUAUUCUUACUUGUGUUUAGCUGCCUGGUGCUGUCUGUAUUCUCCACAAUUCCUGAAUAUCAAAACUUAGCGAACAAGGGAUUGUUCAUACUGGAAUUCGUGAUGAUUGUGGUGUUUGGCAUGGAGUAUGUGAUCCGAAUUUGGUCUGCCGGUUGUUGCUGUCGUUACAGAGGAUGGAAGGGACGUCUCAGAUUUGCAAGGAAACCUUUCUGUGUUAUCGAUUUCAUAGUCUUAAUAGCAUCACUGGCAGUGAUCGCAGCUGGCACACAAGGAAACAUCUUUGCAACUUCAGCUCUGCGCAGCAUGAGAUUUCUGCAGAUCUUGCGUAUGGUGCGUAUGGACCGAAGAGGCGGUACCUGGAAAUUGUUGGGCUCAGUGGUGUAUGCUCACAGUAAGGAGCUGAUCACUGCAUGGUACAUUGGUUUUCUGGUGCUAAUUUUUGCCUCCUUCCUGGUAUACCUGGCAGAGAAAGACGCAAAUACUGAAUUUUCAACUUAUGCUGACUCCCUUUGGUGGGGGACGAUUACGCUUACUACCAUUGGUUAUGGUGAUAAGACACCUCGUACAUGGCUUGGGAGAGUUCUGGCAGCAGGGUUUGCUCUUCUUGGCAUAUCUUUUUUUGCACUUCCUGCGGGUAUUCUGGGUUCUGGGUUUGCUUUGAAAGUUCAAGAACAACACAGACAGAAACAUUUCGAGAAGCGACGGACGCCAGCAGCCAAUCUAAUACAGGCUGCUUGGCGUCUUUACUCAACAGAUGUGAGUCGUUCCUACCUCACAGCGACGUGGUAUUACUAUGACAGUAUCCUGCCAUCUUUCAGAGAGCUGCUUCUAUUGUUUGAUACCUGGCAUCGAACCCGUAGCCGAAAUGGAGGGGUUAAGCACUGUCAGGGGUCUCCUCGAUAUCACCCCGUCUCCCCUGCUCUGAAAUCUACAGCACCCCAUUUCUGUGCUGGGGAAAGCAAUAAGUCAGGAUUAAAAGAUCGGAUGCGAGGAGGUGGUGCCCCAAAACAGAGCACACGGAGUAAACAGUACUUGGCUCCCCCUGAGCGGACUUCUGCUGGACCAGACCUGACCUCUGAAACUCCCAGUCCUACCAAAGUGCAGAAAAGUUGGAGCUUUAACGAUCGUACAAGAUUUCGAGCAUCAUUAAGACUUAAAUCAAAGCCCCAAGCAGAUGAGGGAGCUGUAGAAGAAAGUAAUGAUGAGAAGAGACUUCCCAGUGAUCUCACUAUGGAAGACAUCAUGCCAACUGUAAAAACAUUGAUCAGAGCCUUUAGGAUUCUGAAGUUUCUUGUAGCAAAAAGAAAAUUCAAGGAGACUCUCCGUCCAUAUGAUGUGAAGGAUGUCAUUGAGCAGUACUCUGCUGGCCAUCUAGACAUGCUUGGGCGAAUAAAGAGUUUGCAGUGCCGUGUGGACCAAAUUAUAGGUCGGGGUCCCAUCCCUAUGGAAAAGAAACCACGAGAGAAAGGAGAGAAACUACCUCCUAUUGGAUCUGAGGCAGAUGCAGCCGAUGAGAUGAGCAUGAUGGGAAGAGUUGUAAAGGUAGAGAGACAGGUUCAGUCCAUUGAAGAUAAACUUGAUGUCCUCCUUGGUUUUUACUCUCAGUGUCUAAAGAAGGGCCCUGCCAGCUCCUCUACACUAACCUCCAUGCAGUUGCCACUAAUAGACCAUGACAUGACAUCCGAUUACCAUAGUCCUGUGGAUCAAGUCGAUAUAUCUGUGUCUGCACAGACACUGAAUAUUUUCCGUUCCGACAGCACCAACAUGGAAUAAAGGACUCAGUUCAGGAGUAGAGUUGCCUUGUGCCUCCAGCCUUUGCUGGUAAUAGGUAGAGUCACAGAUUUUCCAAUACAGCUACAUGAACAGAUGCCCAUACACGGCUGAAUUGGUUCCAGUGCUCUGCAUCUUACAACAUAAUGAACAUAGAUUAUAAAUAUGCAAUUUCAAGUCUUCUGGAAAUGAAAUCCAAUAUUGUCACAGAGAAGUAAGAAGGAUUUUUAAAGCCAUAUAUUCUCUCUGUGCUGAGCUGUUCGUGGUUAGAAGAGCUCAUGUCUUGAGUCUGUUGUAAAGUGACUAAGAUAUUGAGUUAUAAGAUCACAAUGAUGAGCUGCACUGUGGCCUCUGUUAGCAAUCCACAGAAUUUCUGCAUUGUCCUUCCUUGCUUCUUUGUCUUGCUAAGUUGGCAAGUGCCAGUUUUACAGCACUCAGCCUCUAGAAAGUGCCUCAAAGAUCUUAUUAUGCAGAUGCUGCUCCUGUCAAUCUUUCAUCUCCUGAGUGUGGGGCAGCACGGUGCGCUGGUACACAUGAAACCCGAGCUUGUUACUUCUGGUCUCUUUGUUGACUGAGGUGUUUUGCUCAGCCUAGACACCGAGACAAACUCAUUUAUGCAUGGAUUACAGUGAUUCAAGCUUCAUCUCCAGAGGUAGAAGAGCAUCUUCCUUAUCAGUGUCUGCCACCUGCUGGAGUGGAAGAAAAGAAGACAACUGAGAACUUAAGUGUGUACAUGGAAACGAAAUGGAUGUAUCUACUGGGGUGUGUGCUCGUGGGAUUGUUUGCUGAGGUGAAUGGAUUGCCAAUGUGAAAAAAAUGUAACAUGACUUAGCUUUUAUAUGGGUGUUUGUGUAAAUGCAUAUUUGCCCCACUAAUAUGUAAAUGAGAUGAAGCGGUUGUAUCUUACACACACUAAAGACUGACCUUUUUGUGUGCAGAUCAGAUACUGGGCAUAGGAACAUGAUGAGCGUGGAGUUUAUGCUCAGCUUCCAGACAGGAAAGUGCUUUGGUGAUCUCCCAGUGGUGAGCCGUCUUGUUCUGUAAAUAGCAUUGUGCUAUAAUGGAAAAUUUCUGCCUUCAAUAUUUGAGUAGAGACAAACCAAAUAUAUAAUACAGGUGAGCAGACGUUAGGGCAGUCCCGUUUUACAUUUGGUGGCACGAUGAAACUGCACAUAUUACAUCUAUAUAUCUUUUUAUAUUUGGCGUAUUAAAGUCAUGAUAUAAAAAUAUUAAAAUCAUCACACAUGAAUAGGAUUAUUCACAGGUCAAACUAAAACGAAGAAGUUUUCAAGUGGAUUUUACUCCAAAUAUACUGUAAUAUACCUUUCGGGGGUAAAUAGUUAUCUGACUUUAUCAAUAAUGUACCAAGAAAAAAAGAGAAAAGCACAAAAUCUUUUCAUUAUGAAACAAAAACCCAUCCAAUACAUGACUCUGAAUGUAUUUAAAGAGGCUACAGAUUCCAUAGUUGUGGUCAAAUCAAAUGACCUAGUUGCCCUUGAAUUUGACCUCUUAUACAGUACAGUCAUAUCUGACACACAUGUAAUAACAGCACAAUGUGUAUAGAGGCUGCCGGGCAUGGUACAUUCCGGUUGUUUUGGGUAAACCAUGGCAGGUUGGUCAUUUAUUGCUGACUACAUUUUAGGCUUUUUGCUUACCACAUGUAGAACCUUUAGGGACAUUUUUUACAU